CCCCUGCUUGUUUUGCCCUACUUGCACUCAAUUAUGCUUUAUUGUCUUCAAUGUUGUCUGCCUAUCCUAGUGGUGCAGCUGUGCAGCUACCUGUACUACCUAUGCAGAGCGUACGGCGCACUUGCUCAAUGUUGUUUUCCGCCCCUCAUUCCCCAUUUCUUUCCAAGCUUUUCUUUGCUACGACUCGUCCAAAUUUUCUCUCUUAUUCCCUUAACAGGGCUCCAUUAUUGAUUGUUACUAAAUAAACUGCACAUCUCCUUUAAUUCGCCAGUUCUCAACAGUAUUACAAGUUCUGUAGCUCAGAUCUUGCAGUCGAAACCCACCGAACUUGUCGGUGACCACUCAUCAUCUCAUCAUGGUUGGAGACUUAAUGGAUUCCACCUCCACUAACCUGACCCUCCCCGAAUCUCUCGAGCAAGUCCGAAUCACAACUUUACCCCCAGCGGCAUACUACAUCUCGGAUUUUAUCGCGCAAGAUGAAGAGGAUGCUAUUCUAGAAAAAAUAGCCUCCGCGCCGAAGCCGCGUUGGAAGCAACUCACUCAUCGACGACUGCAAACCUGGCCGUCCGAUUUAGUAAAUAACAAGUUGAUGGACGUUCCGUUGCCGGCCUGGCUGAACGAUCCGAUUGUGCCGCGCUUAAAAUCCAUCCCACUUUCGAAAACCCUCGACUCAUCCGACAUAUUUUCCUUCAGUCCUCAUCAAAAACCGAAUCAUGUUCUAAUCAAUGAAUAUCCUCCUGGCAUUGGAAUUAUGCCUCACAAGGACGGAGCUGCGUAUCACCCCGUUGUGUGUACUGUGAGCCUUGGUGCUAGCCUCUGUCUCAACAUCUACAAAUCCAAGGACGAUGGUAGUCUAGAUCCUAAGCCAGCGUGGAGAAUAUUGCAAGAGCCUCGAAGCUUACUCAUUACCACCUCUGACCUGUACACGGAGUUCCUACACGGUAUCGAAGAUAUUACAGAGGAUGUUGAGCUUUCGAGGGGCACGAUUGCUAAUUGGGAACUUCUCCGUUCGCCCGACGAUUUUGCAGACGGCUGUAACAUACGGAAGACCCGUACCAGCCUUACAUAUCGAGACGUGAUGAAAGUGUCGAAGAUCGGAGGCAAGCUUGGACUGUUCCAGAAAAAGUGAUACUCAAGCAUACUCGAUGUUUAAAAUACACCGGGUAUCAUUCUCCAUUUUCCUUGCACCUUUUCGAGACCGAACAUUUCACCAUACCAUUUUUUUGUGCCUUUGGCGGUGACACCAAGAUUAACCGCGACAAACAACACAGCGCACAUCAGUGUCCUGUUGUACAACUGGUCCUUGGGCGCUGCAAC